AUGCCGGCGGUUGAGGAGGUCCCAAUCGAGCUCUGGACGCAAAUCGUCGGUCUACUCACGAGGCGGAGCGAUUUAGCCCAUGUUUCGGCUACAUGUAGGACGCUGUACGCAAUCGCAGCGCCGUACCUUCAUCAAGCAUUUCCCAUUCGGACCUGGUCUGUCAACCAAUUUCUUAGGCUCAUUAAUCGUCCUGCACCGUUUGUACCGGAAUUCCUAGCUAUCGGAGUUUCCGACCACAGUGAAGAGCAUGAUUUCUGGGACUCACCCAGGUGGCCGACGGAAGGCGCGCGCACUAUUCCGCGCCGCCAGUACGUCUCGCAUGACACGUACCAGCGGAUCGUGAACGCCACCUUCGGGUUCACGUCCGUGCGUGAACUCGUCAUUUUCAACGUACACGUCCCGCGGAGAUUCUACGACUUGAUCUAUGACCUCCCCAACCUCGAGUCUUUGCAUGUGGAAGCAUGCACUUCGGCUGGCUUGGGAGACGUCUUCCAGCACAGGGACUUGGGCAUCACAGAAUUGACUCUCCGCGUGUGCGACACGGUGACGGCCGGAAUACUGUGUCGCUUGGCGACAGCGUCUAACUUACAGACUCUACGUAUUGACGAGACCGCCAACGUGUUCCAGGAAUGCUCUACCGAUCUAUCUCAGAACAUCCGCUUCAUCUACGUGUCGAACUUCCGGACAUUCACGGACCCUCUGCCACCCGAAGCGUACAACCGCUUUAAAACAUCUCUGACUGAAUUUCUGUCCUCGUAUCCGCACCAGGUGGAAUGGCUGAGCACGUCGCUCCCUGUACAGUCUACUCUGGUGCCGAACGCACUACCGCUCUUACGUCAUUUCCGCGGAAACACGACUGCUGUUGGCACGGUAGCCAAAUGUGGCCAGCUGCGGAGUCUUAUUAUAGAGGCGGGCGAGACCUUCCACUUGACCUCCAGCGGUGUUCUAGAUAGGAUUGCAGAGCACCAACCAGAGCUCAAGUCUCUCACUCUGCGGCUCUCGGAAUGGGACCUCGAAGUCAUCCACGCCGUCGCGCACCUCUUCCCGAACCUCGAGAGGCUGAAAGUAACCUUUGUCCGCGGCUCGCUGUCUGAUGUAAGUCCCGUCUUGCCCAUGUCUGCAAAGCUGAACGUCAUCCAGGACGAGCUCGUGGGCCUGGUCCCGCGGCACCUGCACCGCCUGCGGAACCUACGCCGGCUUGAGAUUUUCAUGGUGCGCUUCUCGUGGCGCAACAAGUCCGUGACGAUGCGGCAGCAGUUCCCAAGCCCGUCGUUCGAGGACUAUGUCGACGACGCCGAGUUCGAGAUGUGGGAGGAGAACGGGCUCGGCCAGGCGGUCACGCUGCCAGACGAGGAGUAUAAGGAGUUCUUGAUCACGUGGAAGUAUGCCUGCCCGGAUCUGCGUGAGGUGCAGCUGGCGCCGGGGUACGUGUGGAGGCGCUAUGGUCCCAAGGAUCCGUGGUGCAAGCGCAGCUGUAGGUGGAACAAUGGGUAUAGGGAGGUGUGGUGA